AUCAAUUCGCGCAGUACAGUGUUUUGAUGUUUCGGUGCAAAUAUUUAUCGAGUGUACAUAUAAUUGAAUUUAAUUAAAAUUUUUUGUAGGCAAAAAUGCAGUCUAACCUCGGUAUUAUUGACAGGUUACGUUGGCACUUGAACGUACUUGAACAUAAAUUCACUCAGUACCGGCUCUCUACAAACGAGACGGUCAUCGUCAACACCGAGUAUGGUCAAGUGAAAGGCAUAAAGCGGAGAACCCUCUACGAUGUGCCCUAUUAUAGUUUUGAGGGUAUACCUUUCGCAAAACCACCUGUGGGUGAGCUACGUUUCAAGGCACCACAGCGGCCAGAGCCCUGGAAUGGUGUACUCGAUUGCCUUGGUCCCAAGGACAGAGCGGUGCAAUUGCAUUUGAUGACAAAUAAUGCGGAGGGAUCAGAGGAUUGUCUGUACUUGAAUGUGUACACUAGAGAUUUGUCAUCCGAUAAACCACGUCCAGUUAUGGUUUGGAUACAUGGUGGAGCGUUUGCUGUUGGCGAAGCCAAUCGAGAUUGGUGCGGUCCUGACUAUUUUAUGGAAAAGGAUGUUAUUUUAGUUACCAUACAGUAUCGCCUGGGUGUUUUCGGCUUUCUCUCCUUAAAUUCACCGGAACUGAAUGUGCCUGGCAAUGCUGGCUUAAAGGAUCAGGUUUUAGCUCUUCGAUGGGUAAAGAGUAACAUUGCUAACUUUGGUGGUGAUACAAAUUGUAUAACUGUUUUCGGUGAGAGUGCUGGUGGCGCUUCAACACAUUAUAUGUGUAUCACCGAGCAGACCAAAGGGCUAUUUCAUCGUGCUAUUUUGAUGUCUGGCACCGCUAUGUCAGAAUGGGCGAACAGUGGAAGUGAGAGAUAUGCAUAUCCGCUGGCAAAAUUAGCCGGCUACAAGGGUGAUGAUGAUGAGAAGAGUGUGCUGGAAUAUCUUAUGAAAUACAAAGCAACCGAUCUGGCUAUUUUGGAAACGAAGGUGUUGACUAUUGUGGAGUUGAAGCGCCAAGUUUUGUUUGCUUUUACACCAGUUUUGGAGGCAUAUGAAACACCAGAUUGUGUGAUUCCAAAACUUCCGCGUGAGCUUAUGAAGACAGCUUGGAGUAAUACAAUACCUAUCAUGGCAGGUAACACUUCGGCUGAGGGUUUGCUAAUGCUGCCAUUUAUAAAAGCGCAGCCCGAUUCAAUUAAGAAGCUAGAAACCUGUGCCAGCUUUGUACCGUUUGAAGUUGUAGACGAAGAAGAAGAUAUCGCGAUAAAUGCUCGAAAGCUAAAAAAUAUACAUAACGAAAAUGAUAAAUUGUCUACUGAGGGAUUUUUAGAUCCGCAUCCACCUUCCUAUAUCGCUUUGACUACGACUCUGAAGUAUUGCCAUAUCCAUAUCGUUUAUGGCGACUGGGACGUGGUGUUAAGGGCGCAUCCCAUGGCGAUGAUCUCGCUUAUCUUUUCUCGCAUGCCAUGGCUCAUCGUUUGCCAAAAGACAGUCCGGAUUAUCGCACAAUUCAGCGAAUGAUUGGUAUUUGGACCAAUUUUGCUGCAACUGGUAAUCCAAAUAAUAAAGAACUACCUGAAAUGGCAACACUUGUUUGGGAACCAAUCAAAACAUCUGAACCAGCUUACAAGUGCCUUAAUAUUGGGGAUGAGCUAAGGAUUAUAGAUUGGCCAGAGAUGGAAAAAGUUAGGGUGUGGACAAGUACUUACGAUAAAAAGAAACAGUUGUUGUACUGAAGUAGGAAACAGUUCAGUUAAGCAUUUUGAGUAUACUUAAAUUUUCAGGAAAUUCUAAAAAUCUUGUACGGAUUUUUAGUGCUUUUCAUAAUAAAAUAAAAAAUUAUGCAAAAUUUUUAA